UGUGGAUGUAAAAUUUCACAAUAGUAUGGAUGUAGAAUUUCACGAUAGUAAGGAUGUAGAAUUUCACAAUAUUAUGGGUAUAGAAUUUCACGAUAGUACUGGUGUAGAAUUUGACAAUAGUACGGGUGUAGAAUUUCAAGAUAUUAUGAAUGUAGAUCCUCAAAGAA